CUCCAGCCAUGCUCCUGUCACUCCAGACGUUACUAACAGCAGCCGUGCUGGCGCUCGUGUCGUCUGCACCAUCACCCUCCCCCUCACCAUCACCCGCACCCUCAGACGAGGACUACUCACAUGACGACGACAGUGGAGAGUACCACUCGGAGGAGGUCUACGAUACCCAUGAGCACCACGAUCUACCAGCCCCCCAGUACGUCCCUCUACUGGCUCCCAUCAUCGUCCCAGACCAGUACAAGGGGGCACCCCUGGUCUCUCAGUAUUCUCCUAAAGGUUCGCCAAUAAUAGUCCCGGAGUACCCGUACCCCAGCAAAUCCCCCUACCUGGAUUCUCCAUCGAAGUCAAUAGGGUACCCAUCCAAGUCCGGGUAUGAGUACGGGUACCCUUCCAAAUCCGGGUAUGAGUACGGGUACCCCUCGAAAUCUGGGGGUUUGUCGUAUGGAGUUCCGGUGAUCUCUCCUGGGCUGUUCAAGACGGAGUUUGACGGAGCUGAGUACGCGAGUUACGCACCUCAUCAUGACCACGAGCAUUACCACUACCCGAAGUACGAGUUCAAGUACGGGGUUCAUGACCCUCACACCGGGGAUAUCAAACAACAAUGGGAACAUCGGGAUGGAGACAAGGUCAAGGGUAUGUACUCUCUUGUAGAACCCGACGGCACCAUCAGGAUUGUUGAAUAUACCGCUGAUGACCACAACGGCUUCAACGCCGUCGUGAAGAAAAUAGGACACGCUCACCACCCUCCCCCCAAACAUCACUACGGGAAAAGCAUCGACUACCCGAUCAAGAGCAUAGACUACCCUUCUAAGAGCAUAGAUUAUCCCACCAAGAGCAUAGACUAUCCUGUAAAAAGCAUAGAGGCACCUUACAGCUAUAGUAGUUACGACUAUCCAGCAAAGUCUGCCGAAUACACUCCAUCCAAAUCUUUAGACUAUUACUCGCCCUCUAAAUCAGCUGAUUACAAAUAGUUGUAGUCCAUCUUAUUUUAGUGAACCAAAGCUUUAAUAUACUUUUGUACUUUUGUACUGUGAAAA